GGAAGGAAGCUGCUUUUUGGCGACGUUCCCUUUGUGUGUGAACGGGACAAGCCAGGCUGGCGCUUUGGAAGUGGAGGAAGAGGGGGCGGGGCCGAGGGGCAGGGGGCGGAGCCCCGGGAGUGCGGGGGGGAAGGGCCGGGAGGGGGAAAAGGGGGAGCAGGCGGGAGGGGGAAAGUGAGAAGGGGGGACAAAGGGGGCUGUCGAGGAUAGGGGGGAGGCGACGCAGGGAGGGGGGCGGCGAGCAGAGGGGGAGGGGACGCGGGGGGCAGGGCGGGGAAGGAGGCACCCGAGCCCCGAACAUGGCUUCCUUCCCUGCGGAUCCCGCCGCGCCCGGCCGCGGCCCGGGGGGGCCCCCCCAGCCGCCGCCGGCCGAGUCCCGCCAACUUCUGCCAACUUUAGCGGCCGCCCCCCCGUCCCCUGCCCCCGCGGGCUCCCCCCCGCCGCCGCCGCCGCCGCGCUUCUCCCCCGAGCAAGUGUCGUGCGUGUGCGAGGCGCUGCUGCAGGCCGGCGACCCGGGCCGGCUGGGCCGCUUCCUGGGCUCGCUGCCGGCCGAGCAGGAGCAGGAGCAGGCGGCGGCGGCGGGCGGGGAGAGCCUGGCCAAGGCGCGGGCGCUGCUGGCCUUCCAGCGCGGGGACUUCGGGGAGCUGUACCGGCUGGUGCAGAGCCGCCCCUUCGCCGCCCCGCACCACCCCUUCCUGCAGGACCUCUACCUGCGCGCCCGCUACCGCGAGGCCGAGGCGGCCCGGGGCCGGGCGCUCGGCGCGGUGGACAAGUACCGGCUGCGCAAGAAGUUCCCGCUGCCCAGCACCAUCUGGGACGGCGAGGAGACGGUGUAUUGCUUCAAGCGGCGCUCGCGGGCCGCCCUGCGCGACUCCUACGGCCGCAGCCGCUACCCCAGCCCCGAGCAGAAGCGGCGCCUGGCCCGCGACACCGGCCUCUCGCUCACCCAGGUCAGCAACUGGUUCAAGAACCGGCGGCAGCGGGACCGCAGCGGGGGAGGCGCCGGCACCCCCAGCAAGAGCGAGUCGGACGGGAACCCCAGCACGGAGGACGAGUUGAGCCGGGGGCCGGAGGAGACGGAGCUGGCCGUGGGGACGCCCGCCGUGCCGGACGGGGCCAUCGCCUCUGGGAACCUCUUCUUGCCAGCGCCCGCUGGGGCCUGCUCCGGGGCCUCGUCUAUCCUGCUCAACGGCAACUUCAUCACCACGUCCGGCCCGCAGGCCAUGCUGCUGAACGGCGGCUCCGUGCUCCAGGCACCGGGCGGGGUGCUCAUCAACGGGCUGGCGCUGGGCGACAGCCAAACCAUCACCCUGAGCCCUGUGGCGUCCACCCCGCCCGUGCUCCUCAACGGCGCCGCCCUGGGGGGGGCCAAGACCCCACCCGGCGCCGGCCUGGAGUCGCCAACGGCCUCCUCAGCCAGGCCUGACAUCAAGGCGGAAGCCGGGGAGGCGCUGCCCUCCCUGGUGCUCGGCCCGGGCACCGUGGAGGUGAAGACGGAGGAGAGCCAGGCCGUCAGGGCCCUGUCCGAGGUGCCCACGCUCCUUCCCCUGCCCCCGGCCGCAUCCGACCCAAAGGGGGCGCUGCUUCCCGCGCCGGCCGGCUCAGUGCCGCAGGUGGUGCCAUCGGGCGAGGAAGCCCCCUGCCCGGCCCCAGCGCUCCCCCAGCCGGUGGCCUCUGGCUCCCAGAUUGUCCCCCUCUCCCAAGUGGUGCCUAGUUCUCAGCCCGGCCAGGCCCUGCCCGUGACGUCGCCUCCCCCGGCUGCCACCCCACUCCUCCAGGGCUCUCCUCUGCUGUCCUUCCCCGCCCUCACCUCGCCCAUCCCGGGGCCAGCUCAGGGCACCCCGGUGCCCACUGUAGUCCACGUCCCUGCCCCGCCCCUGAUCCCCAUCUCCCAGGUCUCUCCUCCCUCCCAAGUAGUGCCCCUGUCCCAACCGGCUGCAGGCACCCCGGUGCUGUCACCUCCCCAGAUGGUGCCGCUCUCACCCACCCAGGUGUACUCGGUGCCCCAGGGGGCCCCCGCCCCACAGCUGGUGUCGGUGCCCCAGGGGUCUCAGCUCAUCUCGCUCCCGCAAGUGGUGCCCACGUCGCAGGUGGUGACGCUGCAGCAGGGGGUGGGGCCGAUCCAGAUCCUGGCCAGCGCCGCCCCACUCAAGGUGGGGGCUGCGCCGGCGGCCGGCGGGACCGUGGGGCAGAGCAACGUGCACCUCAUCAACGCCAACAUGGGCGUGACCACGCUGCAGCUGCCCGCCGGCGCGCCAGGGAACUUCCUCCUGACAAACCCAGUGCCGGGCGGCGGCACCAUCCUCACGGGCAUGACACUCCAGCAGGGCAAGCUCAUCCUGACUGCCACCUUCCCGGCCACCAUGCUCAUGUCCCCGGUGCUCUCCGCCCCCGCCAGCAGCCAGGCCCUGCCCAUCAAGCAAGAAACGGCACCUCUAACCGGCACCAGCGCCCCCAUCCCAGGGCCUGUGAACUCCGAGGGUGCCGGGGCGGGCCAACCGGCCUUGGCUUUCGGGGCGGACGGUGUGGCCGGCCGUCAGCCUGGCGUCCUCUCGAACUUCUCCCAGGAGGGCCUGGUGCUGUCCCCGCUGCCUCAACCAGCAGCGUGGCCUGGCUCGGCGGGCAUGGUGAUGCAAGCGGCUGGCACCGAGGGGCUCUUCGAGAUGGAGAAGGGGGCAGUGGAGGUGCUGGAUGGCACGGAGCCGAGCGGCCUCUUGCUGCCCGAGGGCGAGGGGCUGCUGCUGGGCAGCUCAGCCAGCGACCCCCUGGAUCCCGAGGGCCUCGACUCGGACGAGAAGGUGCUGACUCAGCUUCAGUCGGUGCCCGUGGAGGAGCCCCUUGACUUGUAAGAGGCUCAACGGUGGGGCAUGAGAUGGGACCGGGGUGCCGCCUCCAGGGGGGUGGUCUUGGCUCCUCCGUGCCUUUGCUGCCCCCGGUGCCUCAGAUCCAAACUCUCAGACAUGUGUAGAGCCCUCGCCCCGGAUCCUGCUGCCAGGGGGCCCUGGCGCUGCGGGCGCCUGAAAGGCUCUGGGAAGCUGGGCAGUGCCAGAUCUGUGGCUGCAUCUGGGGGGUGCCAUGACCAAACACUACAAUUCCAAACUUGGGGGAGGAAUGUGGCUCUGGCCAGGCAAGCGCCGAGCCCCCAGGAAGGGGGUGUCAGCUGUUGUGGCUUAGAGCGGGCAGGAGAAAAGCAGGCAUUAAUGGGCUGCAGGAUCUCCCCCUGCUACUGCCCUCUCUUCCCUAGAAACACUAAGCAUCUUCCCAGAGCAGGGUUUGGGAGCCGCACGGUGCAGAGGGGGUCUUGGUGCUAAGGGAGCAGGGUUUCUGGGGCAGCUGCUGAUCGGACCCCAGGUCUUGUUGGGCGCUGCGGGAACCACUGACUUUGUUUUCUGGUGGAGGAAAAUUCUGGGGCCUGGGUCCCUGCUCCUCUGUCCUGCCCUGGGGUUCCCCAUCGUCCUUCCCAGCCACACUUCUUGUGGGCCCUGGGGGGCAGCGAAUAGCCACACCCCCAAUCUGCCCUCUAUGCCAGCUCCCCAUGUGUACGAGGCAGGAAGUAUCGGGGUCACUUUUGUCCUGCUUAGGCUGCCGGAGUGACGCCAGUGGGCCUGCGUGUGAAUGUGAAGAACGAAAUCCAAAGUCAUCCCUAAUUACUCGCCCUGAAUUUCAUGGUUCCCCCCUUCCACUCCUAGACACUACAAACCAGCUGACCUGACUUCUUAUUUUUUACGUGAAAGAAUUUUUAUCUAUAUAUAAAAAUUAUAUAUUUUUAGAAGGAGCAAAUCCUGCUGCGUGAUUCCAGCGUGCCUGGGACCGUCACCCCGGGGCGCCUCGCCCCACCUGUAUUUAAUGGUCUCACUGUUUUUUGAAUCGCUCUUCCAGCAGGAGGAUAAACACCCCACAAGCUGAACCUUUUAUAUUAAAAAAUAAAGUGCAUUUAACUUUUGUAAACCUUCACUACGUCGGAGCAGUGGCCACUCCUGCGUUGGCCAGCCGAGGCCACGUUUCCCGCCAGCCUGGUGGGGUGAGUUAGAGGAGGUACGUUGGACUAGUUGAAGGCUUUGGACUCCCUGAAAUCACACUACAGAGCGACUGGAGAGCCACGUUGGUACGGGGUCCUCUCCACACAGGAUGCCUGGGUUCCAGAUCUACCGCAGGACAGGAUCCCUCCCCCUGUGGAACAACCAGGUUCUAGAUCCACAGCAGAAUGGGACCCUUGUGUCCCAGAUGCACACCAGAUCAGAUCCCAGCUUGAUGGAGUAAUCAGGUUCUAGAUCUGUACCAGACUGGGAUUGCUGCUCCGUGGAGUAACUGGGUUCUGGAUCCACACUGGAGUGGGAUCUGUCUGCCACCAUGAAGCUGUUGGGUUCUAGAUACACAUCAGAAUGGGAUCCCUGCCCCAUGGAGUGCCCAGUUUCUAGACCAACAUUGGGAUAGAAGCUUUCCCUUGCCAUGGAGCUACUGGAUUCUAGAUCCAUGUCUUGAUGGGAACUCUGCCUCGUGGAGUAGCCAGUUUCUUGAUCCAUGGCAAUAUGGGAUCCCGCCCCCACAAGGAAACCACCAGGUUCUAGAGCCACACUGGAACUGGAUCCUCCACGGUGCAGCUGGAACCACAUCAUAAUGGCUUCCCACCCCAUGGAGCUUCCAGGGUUCUAGAUCAUCAUCUGAAUGGAUCCCAGCUUCAUGGAGCUUCCAGGUUCUAGAUCCACACUGGGAUGGGUUCCCACGCCUUGGAGCAGCUGGCUUCUCUUGGACCCACCUCGGAACAAGCUGCUCUUUGUGGUUUUUUCAGUCUUCGUCAUCUUCUGGGACCGGCUCCCCUGUCGUCCUCUCCUCUUCCCCUGUUCUUCAUCCUCAAAAUCCAGAGCUUCCAUUGUGACUCCUCAAAGUUGUCCUCACUGUGGUGCCCAUGGGCUCCUCCUGCACCCUGGCCUCCCAUGAGCCUUCUGGAUUUCUCUGGCUGUCGAAGACGAACAAACCGAGAGCAGUCAGCUCUGUCCGGCAAGCCAGAGGGGUGGCACCAGUGGUUCCUCUCCUUCCCCCUCCACCUGUGCAGCAUGGUUAUGUGCGGAGGGACCCAGACUGGACACUUGAAUCUUGGGGCGCUGCCUUCUGUCCCACCCUCCCCCCAGCUCUUCUCACCAGGUACUAGUGCAUCUCACUAUUAUUAUUUUCACCAUUUUGCUACAAUUUUUUUUUUUUGGUGAGGAACAAUCAUUUCUACCCGAGAUUCUUUUUUUUAAAGAAGCUUCUGUCGUCGUCGUCCCUGUACAUUAUUAUUGUUGGGUUUUUUUUAACGUAGUUCUCUGCGUGUCUGUCUGUUUGUCCAUCCAUCCAUCCAUCCUGGUACUGUAUGAAAUUUGUAUAUCCAUAAAUAUAUCUAUAUUCUAUAUAA